CCAAACGACGUAUAAAUAGUGGUGAACACAAAACUAGACUCAGUGCUGUAUUGGUUGUAACGAAUAUAUUAUCUAAUUAUUAAGGAUGUGUGAAAAGUCUUUGAUAUUCGUGUUCGCUAUAAUUUGUUUAGCGACCGCAGCACCACCAUCAUUCAUAACAAAAUGUAAAAAGGAUGAUAAGAAAUGUGGAAAGGAAUCGGCACAAGUAGCUCUCCCAAUAUUCGCUAAAGGUCUAGCAGAAGAUAAUGUUGAACAACUGGACCCAGUUGUAUUCAAAAAGGUGGACGCGAGCACGCCCAAUCUGAAAUUCAUUCUUUCUGACGUUACUGUGACAGGAUUACAAAAUUGUAAAGUCAAGAAACUUGAACGUGAUGAUGCCAAGAUACAUAUUGAAUUUUUAUGCGAAGCUCAACUAGAUGGAAAAUAUGAUCUUAAGGGUAAAUUAGCGACUUUGCCUAUCGAAGGAAAUGGACCCAUGCACGUGGAUCUCAAGGAGACACAGAUCGACCUGAAUCUUUAUAUUGAAGACAAGAAAGGAGAUGAUGGAAAAAUUCACUGGCAUAUUACAAAAUGGGAUCAUUCGUUUGCUUUGAAAGCGAAAUCUUUUGUGAAAUUUGAUAACCUUUUCGAUGGAAAUGAAGUUUUAGCUCAAGCUGUAAGGGAGCUCAUAGCUUCUGACGGGAACGCUAUCAUUGGAGAAAUCGGAGCGCCAAUGAUCAAAACGGCCGUCGAGAGGGUCGUGAAGAACUGUGAACGAUUCUUCAAAGCCCACCCUGUUGAAGAGCUCAGUGUAGACUGAACCCUAUGAUAAUAUAAAUAACGUUGUUUUUAUUUGUACUAAUUUAGAACGAAUGUUUUGUUGUUUUUGAAAUAAAUUUUCGAAAUAUA